UCUCUAAUACCUCUUUCAUAUUCUGGCAUUUAGGAAAUCUAAAUAAGUUUGCUAAUCCUAUUUGACCUAAACCAAAAUGUUUAGUCUGACUUGUUGUCAGACAGUGAGAAAAAAAAAGUUAUGUGUCUUUUUAGUGUAUGUAAAUAUCUGGUUUCACUGUAACUGAUGUUACCUGGUUUUGUUCUCCGCUGCAGCUCCUCUGCAGCAACAGAAUCAAAGCAUGUAGCAAAUUUAAGUCUGGAAAACACAGCUUGGGCUCGUUUACGGUUAAAUCCAGUCUCCAAAUUUAUACCCAGAUCAUGACAAUCUACUUUAGCCUUCCUAAUCAAUGUCACAUGGGAAACAAUAAACAUAAAUUUCAGCCUGAUUAACAACAUCUUCUGUGCACGUACAUUAUGUUUUCUCUCUGUUUGAGAGCUCUUUCAAGUGGUUAGAGUGAUGGAGGGCAACCUUUUUUGGCAGCCACUUUUUCCUGGAGCAGACCGGUUACAUUUACUUGCGCAUGGUUUUCCCACCGUACCAAAUUCUCUUUAAGUGCUUGUUUGAAACCUCAAAUGGUGGUGCAUGUUGUGAAAGAUGACAUACCAGCGCUCUCAGAGGGAAGUGGUACAACAUCCACAAACACCGGGUCACUGGUUUACCAAAACACCGUCUGGGUUGUAAAGUAUCCCGCCCUUACGAGGAUCUUUUUGCCCCAAAACUUAUCCUUAUGCCCUAAACUUCAACUCUGACCUCCGACCCCCUGGUGGUGUUUAAUUUAAACCUAUUUGGGGGCUCAGAAGCUGUGCAUGUUCCGCUUUUUUUGGUCUGCUCUGCAGAUGGCAGCCAGAUUCCAGAGUGCCACAUCUGACAUUACACCAGAGAACCAACCAAAGGAUAAAAAUAUGAUGUGCUGUGGAUAACAGUGCUCCCAUGUGUGUGUGUGUGCGCAGCUCAGAUUUGCAUGCGCAUCUGCUGUAGGACGCACAGAUGCGGGUCAUGGUCAGCCAUUGGAGGGAACCCCGGUGAGCCGUAAUGCAAUCCUCCCACUGAGAAUGUUCUGGUUUCAUCCCUGCCCUGCGGAGUGUGCUUCCUCUGCCAGGUACACGCAGUCGGCCUCGAACCCGCAGGGCUCGCCUUGAAGUCAGCCGAUAUGCCGACUGUACUGUAGUUACUCAAUCUAAUAUUAUAUAACAACAAAACAGCUUGGAGUCUGAAUUAUCUCAGUUUACUCGUACAAAGAGAGAUUGUUUUCAGCUGCAGCAAAGGUUGCCUUCAUACAUGUCAGAGCUCAAUCAAAACAACAAGAGCCUUCCACGUCUGGCAAUCAUCUCCCGAGCAUGUGGCGGCAGACAAAGAGAGCCGCUAGCAGUAGUUUAGGCUCAUUUUUACCAGGAGUGCUAUUCCUUCCUCUCCCCGGGACUCAUUUUCUUUGCUACCUGUUUAUACCUUUUUUAAUGCAACCUACUUACCUCCAGGGCUGUUUACUGUGAGUCACUGGUGUUGUGGUGAGUUCUGGGGACAGGGGGGUGGGGGGGUGUAAUUCAGGAUGCUCUGCGGCACCAGGAGCUGCAAAUGUGCGGCUGAAAGAUGCGCAUUGCAGCUGACAGGUGAUGAGGCUUUUGCAGUUAGGGAGAACGGAGGAGGCUUUGUUGGCAGAUGCUGCCCUGGUUGACUGAUUUCGAGGUGUGUGUCUGUGUGGGAACAUGCGGGAGCUGCUUCUUGGCUAGACCUCAGUAAUUUAGAUAAUAGUCUGGGGGAGGAUUUUUUUUUUUUUAAUGCCAUCAACAACUGAAGGUUAGCAGGUAGCAGAAACAUUAGCGGCUACAUUAUGUUCGUGCCUCCAGAUGAGCAGUUGGGGAGUUGUUUGUUCAGGUUUCGUCCUUGUCAGCGCAGCGACAGGCAUUUCUAAUCUUGAUUUAAUUUGAAACUGCCAACUUCCCAAUCUGUCAUUCAAUCUGCCAGGAAAGCUCAUUUGGCAAAUAUGUUUUGAAGUGAGGUUUAGCCUGCUGGGUGGGUUGAGAUAUCUUGGGAAAUAUGUGUCAUCACAGUGACUUAGUCGUUAUUAUCGCAAUUUGUAACAAGAGGAUUUAUGCUUCCAAUUUGUUCCCUUUCUAAUUAUUUCCCAGGCUCUGUUUGUAGCAAAUUAAACAAAAAAAAAGGUCUCUGUGUGCUUUCUUCUUUAAAUGCAGAGCCUUGCAAAAGUAUUCAUAGUCCUUUUUUAUCUUGUUACAGACUUAAAUGUGUUUUAAUACUAGGAUUUUAUUUAGGAGAUCAACAGAAAGUGGGUUAGAACUGUAAAAUUAGUGAAAAAUGGCUUUCAACCAUUUAAAAAGAUGGAAUUUGUGGUAUCCCCACUUUAUUACUUAUAAAGGAAAUCCAGGGCAAAAUAAUCUACAAAAAAAAAUAAAAAAUCUACCUUUGUGUUGUUAAAUCUCAAUAUGAAUCCAGCUGUUCUGUUUUGUUUAUUAGAGAAUAUUAGUGAAGAAACAGCAUCAUGAAGACCAAGAAACACAACAAACACAUCAGGAAGAAAGUUGUGAACAUGCUUAAAGCACGCUUAUGAUAACCAUCCAGACCAGGGAUGUCUCACAAGGUUAAGGUUAGCAGCAUUGAUCAUCCAUACGAACAUGUAGGGAGUUCAGAACAACUGCAUCGCCACAGGCUGAACAAGAACAACGGCAAACUGGGAAGCAGCCAAGAGGACGUUGGUAACUCUGCACAGAUCCGAAGCUCAGGUUGGAGAUCAUGUUGACAGGACGUCUAUUAGUUAUGCAGUUCACAAAUUUGGCCCAAAGCUGUUGCUGAAAGAAAUUGGCAGUUUAUCAGAAGACGCUAAAGGGAGGUACAAUGUGUUUUCCAGGCACAAUAAAAACAACUUAAAAGAAAUUAGAUUUUGCUUCAACAUAACACGAUACAAAGAGCAAAAACUUUGAUUUUCCAUGACUCCACACACACACACACACACACACACACCACUCCUCCCAAUCCUCUUUAAAGAUGUUUUUCUACUAAGAUGAGACCACAACUGAAUUUUGUUGCACAUCCCAACAAAAUUCAGUUGUGAUGGUGGUGGGAACAUCAGCAUUUCUUCACGAGGGUACGAAGAGCUGAUCAGAGCUGAUGGGAAGGAGCUAAAACAGGAUAAAAAGACAUGUAAGAGGCUCCAAAAGCCUUGCAGCAGGACAAUUGGUGCAAAUUCAUGUGUGACCUAAAUAUGUGUCAAAUCUUGAAAACUGCUUUCCGCCUAACUGACUAUUUUGUAAAGAAGCGAGCCGUGAAACAUGGUGGUAGAAACAUCAUGCUGUGGGAAUGGUUUUGUUCAACAGGGACAGCGUUCAGAGUGAAUGGAAAGACAGAAAACUUUAGACAGUGGUGGAGUUUCACCUUCCAGCAGGACAACAACCCUAAAUAUACAAACAGCGCGACAGUGGGAAGGUUUGUACAAAGGGCUGUACAUUUUUGUCCGUUGAGUAGUAUAGCAUACAUAAGAACAGCGAGUUUCUACCCAACCCUGUUUGGGAGUGGGCACCGAUACGGCUGAGUCACAGGGAAAACGCGUUGGCUGUUUAAGGUCAUUUCUCCAUUCAGCGGGCCCAACAAGCGUGUUAAAGCUAAAUGUUUUGAAAUAUGUCAGAGCGAUUUCACUUCAGGUCUCUCGUUCUUCUUGUGGGGUCCAUCGUGGAGGAUGACAGAAAGAAAAGGGAGGGAGCAAGAGAGCUAAUCAGGGUUAAUUGGCUGCUGUUUUUUCUUCUUUUUUUUUCUCUAACCUGAGGCAGAAAGGAGACGGAGGAGAAACUCUGGAGGAAAAGGGAGGAAGGCUUAAGUACACUGUGACUAAUUUAAAAGGAGAAAGGGAUUGAAUUGGCGGGGCAACAGGAGGGCCGACUGAGGUGUGUCUGAGCUGGACGGAGGCUGACUGAGCGCCAGAGAGAAAUAUUGUGCAAUGCACUUUUCACACCUAAUGAACAGCAGCAUGUUUUAGGAGCAUGAAUCACGGCUUUUUGUCUGGGCAACGUCAGGAUGAAAGGGAGCGCCGAGAGGAUGGGAAAGGAUGACAGAGUGCAGGAGGAGGAAAAAAGUGUUGUGUUUGGAGAAAUUUAGCGGGGGGAAAAAAGUGAAAGCAUCCAAAGAGUGAAAAAAAAAAAAAAAAAAAAAACGAGAGGCGGACGUACAUGAAGUACCGUACUGUCGAAAAAUCAACCUUUCAGCUCCAAUUUUCUCUGUUUGAAACCAGAGAUUUGGGCUCUGAAAGGUUUCAGUGUUGCUACCCCCCACUUCCUCUGAUCGUCCCGUCAUCUCUCUUUUCCUCAAACACACAUAACAUCACUGUAUACAAUCGCAGCAAUGUAAUGCUAAUCCACGUAUAUGAUGUCGACUGCAAACAUUCUAGCAAACACUCACAUGUAACCUAAAGCAGCUAUACAAACAAGGUAAAACAUAAACAAGAGGGCCACGAUGCAAACACGUUAAUGUUUGUGAUGGUAAAGAAAGCCACAUGUCUUUGUUUUGGAGGGUUUUGGUCAGGAAUGAACAUACGUGUGAGCUUUUGUGUGAACCCUGAACGUAGGAGCCAUUUGUUUUACUGUCUAGAGCUAUUAGGCGAGGUUUUAUUUAAACCCAGAGUAAACCUCCUACAGCCAGAGACCUCUAAAACGAGAUUGGAAACGGAAAAGGUUUCAUUGGCAGUGUCAGAUAACUCUGACCCCGGCAGGGUGCAACCAGGCAAAGUCGUCACCACACAGGCAAUGAAAUAAACCUGAAUAUUUUUUACAAUUCCAACAAACAGGGUUACGGUGAAGUCUGGAAACUGCUGCUGAAUGUUAUUUCUGUCCAUUUAGUCACUAGAUUUAUUAUAAAACUCAGUUUCCAAUAUAAAUAAUCUCAAAACAUAUGAGAAAAUAAUAGCUGAAAUAAGUUCUGCCUCUUUGUUUUUAAAAUAAAUAACUCUGCUGUGCGUGCUAACAUUUGGACACCUAAGACAUGCACGUCAUUAUAGAAGCAUCUCUUAUUGUCGGAGUUUUAAUCAGCCUUUUUUCUUUUGAUUUCCCCCCACAGUCCGUCAGCUGCUCGCAGUGCUGCUGGCUGCUGCCGUGGUAACGGCCAUGGAUCCUUCCCACAACCUGGCCAGCGAGAGAAGUUCGAUCGAAAGCACGUACGAGCUGACCAAAUACCUCGAGUACCAGCUCAAGGAAAUCAAAGACGUAUAUCUGACAUAUCUGGGCCCGCCGUUCAAUGAGAAAGACUUCUCUCCUCCUCGGCCCAACAGCACAGCUCUGACUCUGCCUAGUGCCGCCACCCGACUGGAGCUGUGGCACGGCCUGGAGAACCAAGCCCGACUCGCACAGAACCAGAGGGCCUACUCUAUCCUGCUGGCUGCUGUCAGGGAGCUGGCCCGUUCCACCCUCUGCCCGUCCCUCAAAACAUCCCUGCUGCACUUCUGCACCGGUCUGGAUGGACUUCUCGGCUCCAUUUCUGCACUGAUGAACUCCCUCGGUUACUCGUCCCCCGCUCAAGCUGCAGCUGGCGAGCUGCAGUUCCCGCAGAGGGGGACUGGGAGCAACCGGCCUGCUCCGCUCAUGAGCCAGAGCCUGUACCGAUCCAGAGAUGGGACAAGAACAGAGGCCAGUCAGCGUGGCAGCCAGAGAAGAAGUCGGAUAAAGAUGGUCAGAGAGAGGGAAGACGGCGACCAGAUGGACAGGAGAAGAGGGAGAACGGGGAAGAAAGCAGAGGCAACCACUGCUGUGGGGCGGAGUGGUGGGCAGAGGGAGAAGGGAAGAGGAGAACGAGUGAGAAGAGAGGAGAGGGAAGAGCAACAGGAGGUGCAGGAGCUGAAGGAAGAGGUGGAAAACUGGGGCAGAAGGAGAAGGUUGUUGAGUAUAGAAGAGAAUGAGGAUGAGAAGGACAGGGAGACCAAAAUCAGAGUGGAAGUGUCGUAUCUGGGCUCCGGAGAAAUCAUAAACCAUCAGCAAACGAACAACCAGUACAGCUUCAGUCUGAACUCAGAUCACCGAGACGCCCUCAGAGAUGAUGGAUUUAUUUUAGAAACAAACAGGAGAUUCGUUUUGAAGGGAGAAAAGGACGCAGAUAUGGACUCAGCCUCCUCCUCCUCCGCCUCCUUCCAGCAGCACCACCGGCGUCCUCGCUCUCUUCUCUACCCCACCCUCUCGCCUCCCCUCUCCACUCUCUCGCUCCUGUACCAGUUCGGAGUGGGUGAGGAGCACACCCUGCUCCCCCAGCCUGUCCCGCUUUCUCUACAGAGGGGCACCUCCCUUCUCUCUCCUCCUCUGAGUCCGCUGCUCUCCUCUUCGUCCUCCUCCCCUUCCACCUCCUCGUCACUCCUGGCAGCUCGGCCAACGAUGAACGAUUUCGCCAGGAAGGUGGAGGGCUUCUGGAUCCUGCGAGAGCUGCAGAGCUGGUUGUGGAGAUCGGCCAAGGACUUCAACCGUCUCAAGAAGAGACUCCGAGGCUGAGACGUUUGGGCGGCCCGGACAAGGACACAAAGACUCAUAAAAGUACGGCAAGGCGGAAAUCUAUUGUUUUCACAAAGUCUGAGAGGAAGCAACCGAGAUCUCUCUAAGCACAUUACCACAUCUAUACUGAACACAUCCAUUCAUCCCGUACUGGAACCAGUGGAUAAUGGACUUUUUUUGCUGGUCACCAUUCCUGCUACUGGAACAUAACGCACACAAAGCCAUGACAAGACUGUUCUGACCGCACAUUGGAGGUAAUUGAGAUAAACUCACUGAGUCUGGGUCUGAGUUACCGGACUUCACAGCUCAUAGAUCAACAGAAAAACCACUGUAGGUGGUUAGGCUUGUACAACACAGGCACGCAACGCAGCCUGGCCGGGUGACCGGCAGCCAGACAGACAGUGCAGUCAUUGUGCACAAGCUGAUUCAGUGACCUCACAUGUGUGAAUCAGCAAAUAUUCACUUUCUCUAAAGGAAGAAGGAAAAAAAAUAUGAAUGGGCAAAAGACGAGAGGAGGAGGAAAAGUGCCCAAAGGAACGAUUGAGGCAGAGAGGGGCCAUGAGUCAGGGAGUGAUCACAUAUACUAACCAGCAGAGGGGUAUUGCUGAGUAAUUAUUGAGGAAAUUGUAGUUUACCGUAAUCGCACAACAGAGCCACACAUACAGUCCAAGCUGAGCGGCGAAGCACAUUGUUUGCCUCCGUUUUAGAUUUGGUGCUCAUGACUUAGGCUUUAAUCUACUCAGAUAUCACCACCUUUUAUAAUCUUUAGAAUUUUAGAGCCUAAAAAUAAAAACUUAAAGCAUUUUUGCAGUCCUGCUGCGUCAUAUUUUAAGUUAGUGGAGGCACUUUCCCUUACAAUAACAUUUUUCUUAUCCAAAAUAAAAAUAAUUGCAGUUUUUUUUGGCCAACCUAACUGGGAAACUAGUGACUAUUUAACCACUGUAGCUAAGUACAUCAGCGGUUAAUAUUAAGAUAUUAUAGAUUAUAUUUGUUUGUGCUUUGAUAAAAUUAAGUUAUUUUUUUGUUCUAAAAAAAAAAAACAUUUUCCCCAAAUUUCAAAUGAAACAAUUUCAUCAAAUCAGCUUUGCUAAACUACAUCUUAGCACUUUUUUUAUAAGUAGUUAAAUCCAGAUUUUCAGAAAACUCAAUAAGAUGUUCAUUUCCUGCAAUUAGCCUAUUAAUUAAUGAAAAAAACCAACAAAAAACUCUUUAAAAUGUUUUAUUUGGUAUGUGGUAGUUUAAAUGCUACAUGUACACAAACACAUUAAAAUCAAAAAUUGUAAUAUCUAUAUUUUAGAUAAUUGUAUACAUUACAGGAACAGAACUUGCUAACAGACUUGAUUAGCUACAUGCAGUGUUAGUCUAGCCUUCUCUCUGUUAUGCUUCUAUAUGCAUAUGUCAUUGCAUCUGUAGCUAUUUGCAAGCAAAGUGUUAACACACCAAAGCUAACACGUUCCUCUAGUCUACAAAAUUUGUGAAAUUGUGUUAACUAGAUCCUACUUAGGAAAUCUACAAGCAGUGAUGGCGGUCAGUAAACUUCAAUAAACAAAGCUUGUCAAAAAGUUUUGUCUAUUCAGGGAGAAAGUUAAAAAACAGAUAACACAUAAUUCAACUUCUAUGCUUACAAAUAAACAUGCAUCUUACACAAUCUCCUUUUCUAAAAAAAAACAAAAAAAAAACAGCUAAAGUGGUUAGAUGUUUAAGAGCAAUGCACCCAAUCAAUACACGCAAAUAUUAUUAAUCAAACAUAUCUUAAAAUUGACUUAUUUUUACCUGCACACUAUUGCAGCGAUAUUGCUUAAGUGUAGACCACCAAUAAAGGGUUUCAAAUAACUCGUCCUUCAUUUUGCCCCGUGGCACAUCUGAGUUUAACAGCUGGAGUAUUUAAGCCAUAUGCUGGAAAGAAAAGCUGAAGUAAAUCGGUGAACUCAAUGCCUUAUGCCUUCAACUAGCCUUCAGACUGGAUCACUUAAGACACAUGCUUGUGCCAGGUGUUAUGACAGCAAGUUCAAGACAUGCUCACCACUCUGAUAUUCACUUUUCAAAAUGUUGAAGUAAUGCUGUAAGUUGGCUUCACAUUCCUAAACUCAAACCACUCAGCUUUCCCUCCAAGCAAGUUAAAACAUUUUGUUUUCAGAAUAAAUUUGUCGUCAUGUGUUUGAAAUGUGUGCCGUUAUGGCCAAAGGUUAUGGAUCAUAUUGCCAUUAUUUAUUGAACAAAAAUGUUUAUUUAUUUUUCCCUGUGUGAUAAUACUGUAUUGUAACUUGAGAGAGAAUAAAUACUAGGUUUUUGUACAC